GGACCUUUCCCUAGCCUCUGGGGUUUUCCCCAAGCUCCCAGCAGACAGGGGAUUUCUUAAUCCCACAGUCAGCCUUCCGAGACACCCCGCCCACAGGAGCAAUAAUGUGUCACUCCUCUCCUGAGAGCCCAGCCCCGCUGCCGGGAAGGGGGAGAGCUGACACAAAAACUGGGGAGGCUGGGGCUUGGAGGUGAGGCACCAACUCUCCUCACAUCUCCCCAGUCUGUAGACCUGCUUUCUUGUCCAGCCUUUGAAAGACGACCUCGAAUGCCCGCUCGAGUGGGCAGGGCAUCGACCUGGGAGGCCAGGCCUGGAAGCUCAUUACCAUGGGAGGGAGGGCAGUUUCUCUCCACCUCCCUUCCUUCCUCCCUCGCCUUUUUCCUUACUAGCUCCUCUCCUCCAGGGCCAGACUGAGCCCAGGCGGAUCUCAGGCAGACACUGACAGACCCCAUAGCAGCCCCAGGAGCCCAGAUACCAGCAGCCAGGGAAAAGGCCUAGAAGCUGCCUGCAGCCAUGUCGGCCCUCAUCCUGCUCCUUGUGGUCCUGUUCACCGCAGUGCCACCUACCAGGUGUCAACAAGACCUGGGGACACUGCAGCCCUGGAUGCAGGGCCUAAUCGCUGUGGCUGUGUUCCUGGUGCUGGUCGCAAUCGCCUUUGCCGUCAACCGCUUCUGGUGCCAGGAAGAGCCGGAGCCCAUGAACAUGGUCAUGACCGCUGGAAACAAGGCAGACGGAAUCCUGGUAGGAACAGACGGAAGGUACUCCUCGAUGGCGGCUGGCUUCAGCUCCAGUGAGCACGAGAAUGCCUAUGAGAAUGUCCCCGAGGAGGAGGGCAAGGUCCGGAGCACCCCCAUGUGACCCCUACUUGCGUGUGGCCCCCAGCCCUGACCCCAGGUGCCUGUGAUGGAUACCCGACUCACCACCCAAGCCGCUCCUUCUCUGUGCAGGAACCUACAGUAAGGGGCCAACUCUUCCAACCCUACACUGCCCACCUUCCCUUGAACUGUCACCAGCCAAAGCCAGGGCUGUGUCCAGGUUGGGGCUCAGCUGUGGCCCUAGGGUUUCCUGUCAGGUCUCCCACCCAAUUCAAUUCAGAAGACCCUUCCGAAGAGGACAGUCAGCUCAUCACCUCCCACCUUGCCUCACAUCCUCUCCCUCUAACUGUGGAAAUGGCUCUCAUUUCUGUGAAAUAAAGAUGUUCUGUAUUUCCA